AUGAAUCCCGAAUACCCAUCAGACCAUCCGGAACCCGAAUUUACCCUCUUCGGCAACGACUGGAUUGUCCCCUGUUAUACAUUUCCCCCUGCCUUCGACCUCGCCGCCAAUGCCCUCCCUAACCGUGACGACUUGGCCACCGGUGACCAGCCGAAUGCAAAGCUCCCGAUUCCUCGAAUUGCGCACUCUGGUAACUGGAGUAGCAAUGGUCGAGUCAGUCAGGCCUGCGGGAACUGCCGUGAGCAAAAAGCUAAAUGUAGCGGACACCGCCCCGCCUGCGAUCGUUGCAAGGAUGCUAGCGUCCGGUGUGCGUAUGGCGAUCGGAAGGGGGAGAAGAUGCUUAAGCAGCUCAGCAAUCUAACCACACAGGUGGAAACCUACAAAGCCCUCUUGCAAGACCUCUAUCCCAAAUUAAACACGCCUUCUGCCCGCCAUGUUGACCAGACCCUUAAUGAGCUUUCAGAUUCUUCUAUCCCCCACGCCCACCGCAAGAACACUGUUUUCACCCUCGGGGCCAUCGACUACACCGAAGAAGACUUUAACAGCAGUGAGAAAAUCCAGGCUAUGGGAUUUGUGGGGGAGCACUCAGAGAUGGGAUGGCUAUACAGACUCAAACGGGAGCUGGACCAAGACAGCUCGACGCUGGCCAGCAACAGUUUCGAUCGCCCUUCCAUCUCAUCCGUAAACUACUUCCAAGACGAGUUAGAAAUAUCCGUGCUCGACGACGUGGAUCUUUCAGCACGCCCUCCUCAACACGUCGCUGACCAGCUUGUCGACGGCUAUUUCCAUACGGUGCAUCCUGCUUUCCCGAUCGUUGGCAUGACGACGUUCCUCGGACAGUACAACUCCUUCUAUACGAAUCCCAACGUGCGACCUGGAAAACGAUGGCUGGCGGUGUUGAAUUUGAUAUUUGCUAUUACAGCGAGACAUUGGCUGCUGAUGGACUUCCCACUCCACCCGGACGCGGAUAGCUAUUUGCUAUAUUUUUCGCGGGCAUGGCGACUCGGCAUCGACAAUGUGGCGUUGCUUUCACACCCAAACCUACAACAGGUUCAAGUUGAGGGGUUAGCCGCCUUCUAUCUGCUGUCUGUUGGUCAAGUUAACAGAUCAUGGAGAAUUCUGGGAUUCGCGAUCCGAUCGGCCGUGGCUAUGGGGCUCAACCUUCGAAGCGAGAGUGAUUCUGUUGGGCACCUUUCGAAAGAGACAAGAUAUCGAGUGUGGUGGGCGCUGUUUAUGUUGGAUACCGUGUUAUGCGUGAUGACUGGUCGACCGCCCAGCACCGGUGAAACCUUCUGCUCUACGCCUCUACCGUUGCCGUAUACGGAGGAGGACUUCACAGAUGAGCGGAUCAUACAGCUUAUCUCUGAUCAAGAAGCCCGGAACGUUUUCAUGUCUUCACUGCUCUCUACUGACCCCGCGAUCGCGGCCAGAGAGACCUUCGCGAGUCGACUCCGUUCUGCGCAGUCGGAGAGCAAAGGAAAGCAAGUCGAGCAGAAUUCCCAGGCCAUUACCCCUAAUACUUCGCUAUUCUUUCUAUGCGCCGUGGACUUGGCGUUUCUCACCCACCAGGCCGUGGAAAUUUUGUACGCGCCUCGGGCGACGCGACAAUCAUGGUUAGAAAUUGAAAUCCAGAUUUCUACCCUCAACAGAAACGCCGACAGAUGGCUCUCUCGUCUUCCAACAGAAUUCUACUUCAAUGAACUCGAUGCAUCGCAGCCUUUCGCUCGGGAGCGAGCCAGCCUAGCCUUUCGCUUCUACGCCACCAAAUUAAUCAUUUCACAGCCCUGUCUUCGCCGCCUCUCUACCCUAUCUGGUUCUACUUCACCCGGGGCUGUGUGUGUAACCAUGGCUGCUAUGUGUGUCCAAGUUGCGGGACAGGUUCUCGAUCUUCUCCCAGAUGAGGUAGAUACGGUGUGGUUAUACAAGGUCACCCCGUGGUGGUGUGUUCUUCACCAUAUCAUGCAAUCCAGCACGAUCCUUCUAAUUGCACUGUUCAGCCGAGUCCAUCCCGUCAUAGCUGACGCAACCGUUGUUGUAAAGAAGAUCAAGAAGGCUACUCGAUGGCUGAGCGAGAUGUCCACCAAAGAUCUCUCUUCGCAGAGAGCUUGGCUUGUCUACAUGGAUAUCCUCUCGCGGCAUGAUUCUGAACUUGGAUUCGAAGUUGACCCUAAGUUCAAGGUAUGA